AUGCCGCAUCCUCUCGUUCGUAAAUUAGUACCGAUCGUUAAUUUUGCAAUAGCAAGUGCAGCAUUAGCAUUUCAAGUGACGGUUUUAUAUCCGUGGCAUCAUGAACUUGAACGAAAAUUUGAAGAAUUGCAAAUACAACAAGAAACAAAAUUAGAAGAAUAUCAUCAAAUGAAAAUGCAAACAAUUAGAUCAAUUGAAGAACAUAUUACAGAACUGAAAAAUAAAAAAGAUGAAAUAUCGAAAAAAUAA